ACCUUUGAAAUUAUUAAACGGACACAGCUCCAGAAGUAUCACCAGGCAGAGACUGAGGAGGAGAAAGCUUCAAUUGAAUGUAAUCCAAUCAACAUCAUACAUAAUGCAGUAGGGAACAGCCGACCACUGCUACAGCUUACCCCCAUUAAGCGAGGUGGUGUUAAAUACCAGGUGCCAGUGCCAAUAACAGAAAAGCAUUCAUACUUUGUUUCAAUGCGAUGGCUCGUUGAAUCAGGCAGAGAGAAGGAGAGAAAGGUUCAUUUCCCCGAAAAAUUGGCAAGAGAACUCAUAGACGCUUCCAGAAAUGAGGGCCGUGUUGUUAAAAAGAAGCAGGAUCUCCAUCGGCAGUGUGAAGCCAACCGUGCUUAUGCUCACUACAGAUGGAGCUAAAUGUUAAGAAAAGAAUAGAUCCAUUUUCUCUGUUAAUUUUUGUAAGUUUAUAAGUUAUGUAGCAGUGUACUUUCCAAUGUAAAUAAAAAUACAGUUGAGAUGUUUUGUACAUAUUCACUGUAAGAAAGAUUAA